AUGCUCCGCUCCUUCUUGUGCUUGUUGAUGAUUGACGUGUACGCGCCUAAUACGACUAGUACCAUCCUCGCCGUGUCUUCCGGCUUGAAGACGUCGAAUACGGUCUACGCGAAUGUACAUGGUGCGGAUGAUGCUGAUGGGAAUGUGAAUGUGGAGGGUGCCGGUGAUGAUGAUUUUAGGAGCAGAAGCCGGUGGUAUUGUUGGGCGCGGGGAUCCAUGGUGCGAGUGCCGACUGUUGCGACCUGCGUCUCACUUUCUAUCUCAGUAGAAUUUGCUCGAACUUUCUCUCCGCACCCUCUUUACUUGCUCGCUCGUCCAAAGAUCGUCCUAAGUACCGAUUUAUCUGAACACCAACCUUCAACAGACUGUCCAGGGACGAAUGUCGUAUUCAGGAAGCGGAAGCGCACUGACAGCGGAGACUGCGCACCCCCGGAUCUAAUCUCCAAGCGGGACAAUAUCCAUGAUUCAACUUCGGUCCUAUCCUACGCGCUCGCGUCGUUCUGGAAGUGCCUCGUCCCUCGCUAUAUUCGUGGACACCAUCAACCACCAUCGCAGAUUGACGCGCCCAGCACUUCGCGACUUUCGGCACCCGCAUUACCAACCGACAAGAUAUCAACGAUUUGUCAAGAUGUUACGGAUGGACCGCGCGUAGGCGAGUUAUCAGACCUUUUUCACCAGCGCUCAUCCGCAUUGAGGGCCACAGGAAAAAAUGUUCCAAGAGUUUGGUUUGCUCUAGGCCGCACUUCAAGCUUGGGACGAAUUGAAACCGUGCAUGCGAUCUACCAGCGACACUACUUUCCCGAUCUGCAACACGUCCACAGCAUUGAGGAUUCACUUAUGUCCGUCAGGACCUGCUUGUUGAACGGUCGUACUGUUGCAGGUGAAGCGCGCGGAUACGGGACGCAUGAAUAUCCUAACUAUGCAGCUCUCAUGAACGCCUUUCUUGUCGACAUCACUCCAUCAUCACUGAAGAUUGAUGAAGCUGAGAAAUUCCAAGGCUUGUACCGCUACAUUGCGUUGCAAUCAGCUCAGACGGUCCGCAUGGACAUUACCAAGCUCGUCAUGUCAGCGUCUCGACAAUCACGUACCUGCCCUCCUUUUCGACACAAAAGAAUGCAACUGCAGAGCGCCUUCGAUCGCGUAAUUGGAAAGUUCUGGUCGUCGGCCCCUGAUCUGCCAACACCUUCCACUCAACGCGGUCCAACCCCUGCUUCUCCCGAACGUGCUCCCAGUCCCAUCCAAAAUUUACGUGUGUACGUCUCUUCAAUUUAUGGACAACCCCUUUUCCGAGCUCUCACGGAAAUGUACCACGCGCCCGCAUAA